AUGCCCAAACUGAUGCACAACCCUCAUUUUGCAGAACAACCUGAUUUCUCCUCUGAGAAAUAUCAUCAGGCCAGAGAAUGCCUCAUAAAUGAUGAUGUCAACCACAAGGCAGCAGCAGCCCAACUAGCCCUCUACUGGACAUUGAACAACAACCUAGAAAAAGAGGAAUGGGACCACCAAGCCCACCAAGAGCAACAAGAAGCCACUGAAAGAGCGAGGCUUGACAAGGAAGAACAAGAGAGGCAGCAGGCCAAAUGCAAGAGAGAAUGA